AUGACGACUUCGCUGGUCCUGCAUCCACGCUGGGCGGACACCUUGAUGUACGUGUAUGAAAAAAGCUCGAAUGAAAAUAAUCCGCAUAAAAACCAAAUCAUGGAGGGACUGAGCGGGAAUUGCCCUGCCACACACUGCAGGGAACUGAUCUCCCACCCAGCGCUCGGGCGCCACUCUGGGAGCCUUGCGAACCACCAGGGCUCCGUAUACCCAGACAUCCCUGCGCAGGACGCCGGUCGACAGUGCCCCGCACCACAAACCUCGUCCAGUGCCUCGCUAAGCUACGGCUAUCCUUUCGGGAACCCCUAUUAUGGGUGCCGCCUAUCGCACUCACACAACGUUAAUUUACAGCAGAAACCAUGUUCUUACCAUCCCACUGAAAAAUACACGGAGCCCAGCGGUACGAUACCCACGGAGGAGCUCUCCAAUCGAGCCAAAGAAUUUGCUUUUUACCCGAGCUUUGCCAGCUCUUACCAGACUGUCCCUGGCUAUUUGGACAUGUCGGUCGUGCCAGGAAUCAGUGCUCAUCCAGAGCCGAGGCACGAAACUUUGAUUCCUGUGGAUGGCUAUCAGCACUGGGCCCUGUCGAACGGCUGGGACGGCCAGGUAUAUUGUUCCAAGGAGCAGUCACAGUCAAGUCAUCUUUGGAAGUCGCCUUUCCCAGACGUUGUCCCGCUCCAGCCUGAAGUCAGCAACUACCGUCGCGGCCGCAAGAAGCGGGUGCCUUACACAAAGAUCCAACUGAAAGAGCUGGAAAAAGAGUAUGCCGCCAGCAAAUUCAUCACCAAAGACAAAAGAAGGCGAAUAUCCGCCACUACCAACUUAUCUGAGCGUCAGGUUACCAUCUGGUUCCAGAACCGCCGUGUCAAGGAGAAGAAAUUCAUCUGUAAAUCCAAGUCAAGCACCCACAUGCAUGCUACCUGA